AUAUUCACUCUCAUUUCCAGAGUUGCCACUGCGACAACUGGAAAGAACUGGCCACACUUCCAAUCAGCUGUGAUUUGGACUGUAAAAAAAUAUAAAUAUUAUUUUUACGAAAUGGUGCGCGUGGGCCUUCAGAUUUCCGCUACUUUAGAGAACGUAGAAAAAUUGGAGACUUGUCAUCCGGAGUACUCCUUCUUCCUUAAACUAAAAUGCAGCAACUGCGGCGAACAGUCGGACAAAUGGCACGAUAUCACGGAAUCCGAACGCGUGCAACAGGAUUCACGAAAUGCGGCCGGCUUUAAUUUCUUCAUGAAGUGCAAGAUGUGCAGUCGAGAAAACAGCCUCGACAUUGUGGAAAAGUCCAAUGCUGCUUAUACGGCAGACGACUCCGGCGGAUUUAAGACCAUCGUAGUCUUUGAAUGUCGUGGCGCUGAACCCGUAGAUUUCUCACCCCGCGCUGGAUGGCAGGUAUCAUCGUCAGAAAAUGGCCAGAAAUUUGAUGACGUCGACCUUUCCGAGGACGAUUGGGUGGAGUAUGACCAAAAGAACAACAACUCCGUGGGCGUCUACGAGUUUGCUUCGAAGUUCAUCAAGCUGAAGAAGUAAAAACUUAGCGGAGGUCUAUUAAAGCAUUUACCUAGGAUUCCUUUGAUAUUGGGUUAGUCGAAAAAAUGAUAUACCUUGUGUUCUCAAGAAAAACAAAAAAUGUAAUUUAUCAUUAAAGUGUUUUGAACACCCCCAAAGUGAA